CGGACACAUGACCCGGAACUAAUGUUAGACGAGCACACAGUAGCGAACCUGCCGCGGACAGCUAUCUGCCGUUUCUUCACAAUGUCUGCUAAAUUAAACGCAUUGGUUAGCGAUUCUUACGUUGACGUUAGUCAAUACAGAGACCAACAUUUUAAGGGUAACCGCUAUGAUCAGGAGAAGCUGCUGAAGCAGAGUCACACUCUGUAUGUUGGAAAUCUCUCCUUUUAUUCCACCGAGGACCAGGUCCACGACAUAUUUUCCAAAAGUGGAGACGUGAAGCGCAUCGUCAUUGGCCUGGAUAAAGUCAAGAAGACAGCCUGUGGAUUCUGCUUUGUAGAAUACUACACACGCACAGGUGCAGAAAAUGCCAUGCGCUUCAUUAAUGGCACGCGGCUGGACGACCGCAUCAUCAGGACAGACUGGGACGCCGGCUUCAAGGAGGGACGGCAGUACGGCCGCGGCAAAUCAGGAGGACAGGUGAGAGAUGAGUACAGGCAGGACUACGACCCAGCCAGAGGCGGCUACGGUAAGCUGGCUCAGCAGCAUCGUCCCACAGAAGCAAAUAAUAGUUUCUAGCAGUCUGCCUGGACGACACCGAGCCCCUCCCUCGGUCCAGGACCAGACACGGUCCAAUAAGGCCUCUCUCUACAUGCUACCACAGAUAUGUUCUCCCAGUGUUACAUUAAAACUCUACAGCAGUUCUGCAUGGACCCCUGGACCUCAUUAGCAGCUGUUCUUUAUUUAUUUUCUGUUCUGACGCCCUCUCUGACUUUUCUACCUGCUCUGUCUACAUGCCGCACUCCGGUGUAUGGUAUGACGUUUUCAUUAUCCAGCACAUGAUCUCUAUAAACAUGUGUCGAAACUCGAGGCAACCGGACAAGACUUUGGCAUCAAAAGUGUUCUUGUUUUGUAGUUGUAUUGACCGAUCAUGUGUGAGCCGGUCCAUGUGGAGAGCUAAAGAGGUACGACCCAUUGGCCAUAAUGUCAUCGUCCGAUGGUGGUUUAGCUUUUUCUUGCUUAAAAAAAAUUGGCUUGUAAACUGGCUACUUGUGAAACGAUCCGGUCGACCAUGUCGUCUCUCAACUCCCAACUCCAGUCCGGCAUCUCGAGUUGCUAAUCGGACCGUAAACAAUGAGCAGCGCACGAAAAAGGAAGUCCUGGCCUGGAUUUCCGCCGGCUGCUCUGCAACCCCAGAAGUAUUGCCCCUUGCCCCCAGAGGGCUGUCCGUGUUCAGACUGAUGGGUACCAAGAUUGACCUGCUCGUAUAGACUUACCAUCCAGUUCCCUACAGGCUGGGAAAGGUUCUGAUAGCAUGUAGUGUCUGGGGCAAAGUGAUCAUAUGUUCUCCAUGUUAAAAUGAUAGUCUCCUGAAGUAAUAGAAAUGAAGCAUUCUGUUAUCUUACUGAUUUCCAUGAAUGAAACUUUGUCCUUUUAUUGGAUGUACUUUUUUGUUUUUUUUAAAUAAAGAUUUUUUUUUUUUUGUUUGA